AGUCGCGGUUCGUUCCUCGUCCGGGGCGUGUCUGGUUCUCGCUGCUGUGUCGUGGUUCGGUGUGGUUCGUUGCUGGGUUAUUGUCGUUUAUCGUAACUCUACAAAGACCUUCUGCUGAAAGGGAAUUACGCCAAAGGUGGAAAGAAGCAGUACCAGUGAAGAUUGGCGCGGUGUGUGUCACGCAUGGUAACACUCGCGAAAACCGUGGCUCUCACCCUUCCUCAAGCCGGCCUUUCCGCUUCCCUUGAGUCCACCAAGCCUUCGACGCUCCCCUGAACACCGGCAAGAUGCCCGGGAACUUCGUCUUCACGCAGGACAACCCCGAAAACCUCAACUGUGCAGGGGAGCCCGAUAUCCUGGAACCUCACAUGCGCGACACAAUUAAGGAGAAUGACAUCCUCAUUUGGAUCUAUAACAUGAUCGACGAGGCAGCCAGAGUGGACUUCGAGUUCUUCCUGAAGGACGGAUGCAUUCUGUGCAAGUUAAUGAACCGGAUAAAGCCAGGCAGCAUUCCCGAGGACAGCAUCACGUGGGAGGGCGCUCGGAGCAAACAGCAGAACAUCAAAAACUUCCUCGAAAAAGCGGAGGCUUACGGCGUGCCUAAGGAGAAGCUCUUCCAUCCCGAGGACCUGCUUCACUUGCGCAAUGUUCCUCGAGUGACGAGGUGUAUCUACGCCCUAGCUAAAUUGGUGUCACAGGACCCCAACAUGGGCUCUGACUGCCCCAAGCUGGGAGACGAGCCGAGCUUCAUGAAGGAGCAGAAGAAGAAGAUCGACGUGCCCGGACACAGAGACACGAAGGACGUCUUGGCGCAGCUCACCUCCGAGAAACCGAAGGAGGAGAAGAAGACGACCAAGCACUCGCUGUAUAAGUGAGGGGGAGGGAGACACAGGGCGAGGGAGGUGGAGGAUGGAAGAGGAAGCGAAGAGGGGAAGCGAGAGAGAGAGGUAAUGGGAGGAAAGGAAGGAAGGGAAGAGAGGGGAGGGAUAUGAGGAAAAGAAGGGGAGAACCAGGAGAGGGAAAAUGAGGUUAGAGUUAGCGAAAGCGACAAGGAACGAAGGAAGAGAGAGAAAACACAGUAGGCAGAUCGACACACAACAAUGACAAAUUAAAGAGUGUGUAAGAAAGGAAAUUAAAAAUCGGUUUAUAAAUAGGACGAUGACUACAAGAAAUUGUGAGAUGAAUGAUUCCCAUUCUUAUGUUUAUUACUGUAAGACUAAAUAGAACAUUUCAGAUUGUAAAAGUAAAAAGAAAAAAAAUUGUCAAGGUUAAAUUUUAAACAGUCAUUUUUAACUUCAUAUUAUGGUUGGACUGGUUGAAAUUCUACAUGCACUGCCUGCUAUGAAGGAUUUACAGCUUCUUAUAUAAGUGAAAAUUGUUGAUGUGAAUGCCAUUUAGUUAUGUAUUGUGCACUUCAUGCUUGUAUGUUGAUUGUAGAUGUAUAAUAUUUCAUCAAUGUUUCUUUUGUUCUUCACUAAACCACUAGCCUUUUAACACACGUGCUGCAUUUACCAUUUAGGCUCAUAGUCAUAGACGACUUAAUUCUGUUUUUAUAGUAGUUAAAUGGUGUUCCUACUUUCUUGUACUCAGCUGUUUUAUAUGUAUGUUGUUCUUGCAUUAACUCAGAGUGUUGAGAUCCCUGUUAUGUUUUAUUAUCAUUGUUAUUAUUAUUAUCAUUAACAUUAUUAUUAUUGUUAUUAUUAUUUUAUGCUUAUUACUCAUACGCUUACCAAAUACUUCACUCCAUUAUCAUUAGUGAUUCAUUGUCGCUUCUGUCGUCGCUCAUUUCAUCUUUGUAAAUAAUGAUAGAUGUUUACAUAAAGAGUGAUUCAGUAAUGUAAAUUGAAGGUUGAAGUUAUUUUUUCCAUUGUUUCUUUUUCCCUCCGUGAACUGUCUAGAACGUAUCCAACUUGUGGCAAACGAGGGAAACUUAAGCUAUUUUUAGUAAAAAGAAGGUAAUAAGGCUUUGAGAAUAUUCGUUUUGAGAAAUCCAAAUCAAUCUUGGAAAAAUUAACUCUACUUUUUUAUCUAGAUUUUGUGUCGGUUUCUCUAGUCUCUUAUUGAUAAUGUAUACAGUGUGGUACUUUUUAUCAGAAAUAUCUCAUGUGAAGAACCAUAUGCAGAGCAACCGUCUAUACUAACGUCUCAUGUCUGUAAACAAAUGUAUAUAAAAUCAAAUAAACUAUUUAUGUGAAA